AUGACAAAGACAUUAUGGAGGGAACAUCGCAGAGAUCCACACCUUAUCAAAACGCCACCCACUGAGGAUAUGGUCAUCAGUGAUGCUUCUACUAUCAUACAAGAUCGGCCAGGAGAAGAAGGCGACGACGACAACGAGCAACGCGAAAACGCGAAUCAGCUCCAGCAACCACCUGAAGUGAUCAUACCAUUGUGCAUAUAA